GUGCUGUAUAUUUUUGGGCUAUGUGUUUACAGACUUUACUUCCAUCCACUAUCCAAAUUUCCUGGUCCGAAGCUUGCGGCUGUUUCGGACUUUUGGAUUUGUUCUAGGUGGAUAAGUGGUUAUUGGCCACGUGAAAUUGAGAAAGUCCAUAGAGAAUAUGGUGACAUUGUACGAAUCUCUCCGACUGACCUUUCCUUUGUCAGAGUAGACUCCCUCAAAGAUAUCUACUCAAACUUCAACAUAAACUCCACUCACCAAUUCCCCAAAUACGCCACAUUCUACCGACAAAGCGACGUCGGCUCUUCCGUAGGCACAGAAGUCGAUCCAAUACGCCAUCAAGAAACACGCAAACUCCUCGCUCCGGGUUUUAGUGCUCCUGCUUUGAAAGCUCAGACUUCUAUUGUGGUGAAGUAUGUAGAUCAACUUGUGGAGCAGAUCAAGAAGAAAGGGGGGACUGAGCGGGGAAUGAAUAUAACGCAGUGGUUUAUGUGGACAGCGUUUGAUAUUAUUAUGGAUUUGUCGUUUGGGGAGUCUUUGAGUAUUGUGGAGGAAGGCAAAGGUCACGUCUGGGUAACCAUGCUCUCUGGCUCCGGUUUCCAAGUAGCGCUCGGCUACAUUAUGCGCCGCCAACACCCAAUCUUCGUUAAAACAUUGACCCGAAUACUUCUCAACAAAUCCAGCAAACAUAUGCGGGAACAGCACGUCUCUAUGAGCCGAGGGAUGGCUAUCAAGCGACUGAACAACAAGUUUGCAGAUCGGGUAGAUCUGUUCUCACAUCUCGUGGGCGACAAAGCACAUAAUACCACCGUGGAUUUCCUAGCUGCUCAGGGUUCGACAUUGGUAGCAGCGGGUACGGAGACUACGUCGACUUUCUUGUCGACCUCGACAUAUUAUUUGCUGAAGAACCCCGAGGUUUUGGGAAAACUAAAGGCUGAGGUGAGGAGUGCGUUUGCGAGCAGUGGUGAGAUUGAUGGAGAGAAUACGAAGAAGUUGUUGUAUUUAAAUGCAGUUGUGGAGGAAGGGUUGAGAAUCUUCCCGUCAGCGCCAUUUGGGCCUCCUAGAGUCUGCCCGGGAGCAGUGAUUGAUGGAGUUUGGGUUCCUAAAGGGACAAUCGUAGCAACAGCAGCUCACGCUACAGCAAGCGACCCCCGCUAUUUCCAUCUGCCUCGGGAAUUUCACCCAGAAAGAUGGCUACCAACCGAUCAUCCAGACUAUGAUGCUAAUUUCGCUGGGGAUACAAAAGAGGCUUCGAAACCAUUCUCGCUUGGUCCUAGAUGGUGUAUUGGAUCUUACUUAUCAUACCUUGAGAUUCGGAUAACAAUAGCAAAACUGGUCUGGAAUUUUGACUGGAAAUCCGCUCUUGAUGUGAGUGGGGACUUUGUUGAGGACGUGAGGCUGCUAGGCCUUUGGAGAGCACCCCCUCUUAUGGUGAACUACACCAUUGCUACGCACUGA